GGGGCGCCCGACCAGGCGGCCGAGGCGCUGGGCAGCGCGGACGACGAGCUGAGCGCCAAGCUGCUGCGGCGCGCCGACCUCAACCAGGGCAUCGGCGAGCCCCAGUCGCCCAGCCGCCGCGUCUUCAACCCCUACACCGAGUUCAAGGAGUUCUCCAGGAAGCAGAUCAAGGACAUGGAGAAGAUGUUCAAGCAGUACGAUGCUGGGCGGGAUGGCUUCAUCGACCUGAUGGAGCUAAAGCUCAUGAUGGAGAAACUUGGAGCCCCCCAGACCCACCUGGGCCUGAAAAACAUGAUCAAGGAGGUGGAUGAGGACUUUGACAGCAAGCUCAGCUUCCGGGAGUUCCUCCUGAUCUUCCGCAAGGCGGCGGCUGGGGAGCUGCAGGAGGACAGCGGGCUCUGCGUGCUGGCCCGCCUCUCCGAGAUCGACGUCUCCACCGAGGGCGUCAAGGGGGCCAAGAGCUUCUUCGAAGCCAAGGUCCAGGCCAUCAACGAGUCCAGUCGCUUCGAGGAGGAGAUCAAGGCUGAGCAGGAGGAGAGGAAGAAGCAGGCGGAGGAGAUGAAGCAGCGGAAAGCGGCCUUCAAGGAGCUGCAGUCCACCUUCAAGUAGCCGGGGCUGCGGCGACUGCCCUGCCCGGGCCCCAGCCCAGCGCCCAGUGCAGCGGGCAAGGGCGGGCAUGUGGAGGGCCGGGUCGAGCCAGAAUCCUUGCCUCUGUCUGACCGGACCACCACUCAAAACCUGAGAAUGUCUGUGAGUGCAGCGAGUGGAGGGGUCUCACGGAGGUGGCCCGGCAGCUCUCCGCUCCCUUCCGCUGUUCCUGAGGCUGCGACACCAGCGCUGGCUGCCUGCCUGGCCCAGCCUUCCCUGGCAUCCCCGCGUCCCUCCCACACCCUGGCUGCCCUACUGCCUGCUCCAGGCCCAGCUCCGGCUCUAGGCCCCUCCUGCCCCUGUGCCUGCCCUCCACACAUGUCCCCCCUCCCUGCCCAGGGGCCACCUGCCCUUAACCAGCAGGUACGCUGCCCCUGGAGACCUCCAACAGCCCCUUCCCAGACAGGGGAGCAUCAGAGAUGGGAAGACUUGCGGCCACCUCCAUAGAGCAGGACCCGAGGGGCUUAUCGGAGGCAUGAGGGGGCCCCUCCCCAAGACCUUUUCCUCCAGCUCUGCCUCUUCUAUCUGCUGGAAUGGUGGUGGGUGGGGAGCUUCUGUUUUGGUGAAGGGACCCAGGUGCCUGGCACCCCAUGCUGAUGGGGACACUGAGCCCGGCCGGGCAGGGUGAGGGGCAGCUGUGCCAAUCUACCUCAUAGGCACACAACUCUGAUGGGCAUGCCGUGGGGUCAUGGGCAGGGAAGUCUCUGGGGGGCAGAAACAUCACUCCCUAGCACCCACAGAACAACCUGAGGGUCCCCAGGGCUCUGGAGAGAGUAGGGUGGGAGGUGAAAUUGGCACCUUCAUAGGGAAGGAAGCCAGCGCUUCAUCUCGGUUCUCUGGGAAGCGUCCAAGAAGUGCUUUAAGUGUGUUGCAUGCACCGGGCGGUCAGGAGCGGGGCUCAGCCCUUUCAUCAUCCUUCCCCAAGUGAUGUCCACCGCCUUGUCACCGGCGACGGGACCUGCCUGUCAUGCCCACCCCCUGGGGGUCCCCCCCUGCCCAUCACCGCAGCUCCCCAUGUGCACGCUCACGUGUGUGUGUCUGUUGCUGUGUCGUGAAACUGUGAUUGUCACCCAGUCCCAACAAGUGAACGGCCAUCGAGGCCACAGUUAUGCAACUUUCAGUGUG